UCUUCCUUCCUUCCUUCCUUCCUUCCUUCCUUCUCUCUCUUCUGUAACCUUCUCUUCCUUUCAUCUCUCUCUCAGCUUCUCUAUUCUGUAUCUGGUUCCCACGGGAGCUACAGAGAUUUUGAUUAGUGUUGUCGUUGUUAACCGACGAUGAAGAAGACUGCGUCGGCGUCAGCCAAGAUUCCGGUGAAAGAUGACUGGGUGAAGACGGCGAUGACAGACGACGAGAUGGUUGUUGAGCUUCUGUUACGGUUAAAACAUGCUGGAACUGAUAAGCCGGCGGCGAAUCUACCUCCGUUACGAUGGGGAAACCGUCAACGACGGUCUCGGUCCUCAAGAUUCGCUGGCGGCGGCGGCAGUGUUACCGUUUCGAUUAAGAAAGACGUGGAUUCCGUUAGAGCUAGUCCGAAGACUCCUCUCUCCUGGAGUGGCGGAUCUGGAAGCCGUGGUGGAUCUGGAUGUCGCGGCGGCUCUGCGUCUCCUUCCGCCGAUGGAUUCGAGGAUACUAGUCGUCAAGCUAGCUGCUCUACGUCUACAGGAUCUGGAUCUAAGGUCUUUCCCACAAACGAAAUCACUAGUUCUUUCUCCAGGAGUUUGAAGAAAAAGAGGUCAUCUUCUGAGCUUAAAAAUGAAGAGAACUUAAAGUUGAAAGAAAGACUAGACCUUGAAAAGGAGAUUGCAAGUCUCCGAGCAACAUUCAACGAACAAAACGUAAGGAAUCAAAGAUUGAAGAGGAUUAAGCUGGACUUGAGUUCAGGCCGUGUCAAGAACGAGACUCGGGUUGAUCUCAUUCAUAAACCACAACCCGUACCAAAAUCUUGCAGAGUAGAGGGUGACUCGGAAAAUCAGGGGAGUGUCUUCUUCCUCCCUGAUCUCAACAUGGUACCAUCAGAGGAGGAGAUAUUGUACGGUACCAGCUAGAAUCACUUAUUCUCAAAGCUUUGCAGUCUCAAGAAGGAUGGAGCUGGAGAUUUUUAACAAAGAAAAGUGAAUGUAAUACUUAGGAUAAAAAAAGAGGUUAAAACAAUCAUCUCCCGUAGCAUUCUCGUUUUCUGAUUCCUUCUAUUUUAGGGGGCUAAAACGUUCAUUACUUCUUGAUUUUUUUUUUAGAAGAAGGUGGAAAUUAGGUUUACUUUCUCUCUUUUGUACCCGAUUCGUUGUAGUUAAAAAAGCUUUAUUGGAAAUUGUUGUUAUGGGAGCAAAAAAGUAGGACAGCUAAAUAGACUUUACUGUUUCAAACUUUUCCUUCUUAAUUA